AUGGCGACAAAUUACCACAACCAUAUAUUGCCCUCCCUUCUCCCCACCCCAAAAAUUUCAAUCCUCUCUUUCCCUCUUCUGUGCCAUUUUCAACUACCUCCACCCACUUCUGUGUCUUCUUUUUCUUUCUUCACUCUCACCCUCAUCAAAGCCACCCACAUAAUGGGACGCCCUGAAUCCAAUUUGCCACCCGGUUUUAGGUUCCACCCUACAGAUGAAGAGCUCAUUCUUCACUACCUUAGUAAAAAGGUAGCAUCCAUACCCUUGCCCGUUUCCAUCAUUGCUGAGGUUGAUAUCUACAAGCUAGAUCCAUGGGACUUGCCAGCAAAGGCAACCUUUGGGGAGAAAGAAUGGUAUUUUUUCAGUCCCAGAGACCGGAAGUACCCAAAUGGUGCAAGGCCAAACAGGGCAGCUGCUUCAGGGUAUUGGAAGGCCACUGGCACAGAUAAGACCAUAGUGACAUCAUUGCAAGGUGGAGUAGCUCAAGAGAACAUUGGUGUGAAGAAGGCUUUGGUGUUCUACAAAGGAAGACCCCCAAAGGGUGUUAAGACCAAUUGGAUCAUGCAUGAAUAUCGCCUUGUAGACUACAACAAACCCAUUAAGCUCAAAGACUCCUCCAUGAGAUUGGAUGAUUGGGUGUUGUGUCGGAUUUACAAGAAGUCCAAACAUGCUCUAACUUCAACAGAGGCAAUAGUAGGGGUAGGUGAGGUAGAUGAAGCAGAGGAACACCUAUUCAAAGAGACCCUUUUGCCAAUCUUAAAAUCUCCAACUCCUCCUCCUCCUCCUCCUCCUCAGAACACAUUGAUGUCUCAGAAAUCUGUGUCCUUCUCCAACCUGUUGGAUGCCAUGGACUACUCUGUUCUUAGCAGUUUCUUAUCUGAGAAUCAUUCCAACCCACCAGGGAUUGGAUCCAGUGCAGGCUUCAACAGUGAGAAUUUGGAACAACAAUCCUCUCCAAUCAACAACCCCGCCAAUAGCUACACGUUUCAGAAGAACACCCAAUUGAACCCUUCACUCUCCAACAUGGAAAACAUGAGGCCAAAGCGCCAACUUUCAGACAUUGAUGAGGAAACGUUGUACCCAUCAAAGAAAUACCUGAGUUCAUCUUGCAACUUUCCUACUAACAUCAACCCCCCAUACGAGAAUCCACAAUGGAACUACCUCGUGAAGCAGUCAUUGCUGAAUCAGCGAUUACUGCUUGGUCCUCAUCUUCAAUUUCAAGGAUAA